AUGGGGAGCGGUGCCUUUUCCCUGGUCCUCAUCCUGGGCCUGGUGACGUGCGUCACCCCAUCAGAGAGGAAGUGCCUCCUCUCCGGGUCGUGGCGCAGUGACACAGGCUGCACAAUGGUCGUGUUCACCGUUGGCAAGGAUGGCAGCUUCUCCGGUUCCUAUCUGCCGGGUCCUGCUGCUGGCAACUCCAAAAUCCUCUCCUCACCUCUGAAGGGGUCCCAGCAGGAUGUGGGGCUGGUCCUGCAGCCCAUCUUCUCCUUCACUGUGCACUGGCAGCAUCGAGACUCAGACACAACCCAGAUGAGUGUCUUCCUGGGCCAGUGCUAUGUGGGCACCAAUGGGGAGGAGACCUUGCAUGCCCUAUGGCUCCUGCGAGAGGCAUCCGAGAGCCCCACAGAGGACUGGAAAGCCACACGGAUUGGCACCAGCGUUUUCACCCGAAUAAAAUAACAACUAGCAGAGAAGCAGCAGCAAGCGAGCAAGCACAGGAGGCCUUGAACUGCAAGGACACAGCUCUUCCCCCAGCCAGCCUCUGCCUGCUCUGUGCUGCUGUGUUUCAGCAGCUCUCAGCCCACAUGUUCGUGCUUUCCCAGGCAAGUUCAG